UAUAUCGUCAAACCAUGGAGCAACUCAGCUCUAUGAUGGUCAAACUGUACUUGUACUAUUGUCGCUUUCUAUCGAAGCCUUCACCUCAUUCAACUUAAAAUCAUUAAACCGUACGAUCUCACAAUUGUAAUCGCUACCCGCGCACCUCCUCAUACAACAAAUGAAACAUAAUAAGGCAUUUUACUUUUUGUGAGUCAGAAAGAGACAGCGGGCAUGACGAGAACGUCAACGUUUGGACACCAUAUUUUUAUGCAGUCUGGAGAAAUAAACUUGCCUGUUUGUGGAUUGUAACUCAACUUGAGGUUGAUUAAAACAUUUGAGUCUAAAUUAUCUAAUAACUUGCAAAACUUGGAAGUUAACUCAGAGAGCAAACACUGACUACAUUGUAAGUACAACAUACACUGAAAAUGUCAUCGGCUAAUCGAGGUUGUAGAUGUUCACGACCGAAAUGCUCCGAUUUUGGCUUCGGAGGCGCCUCACCGUCCAUGUUUGUCACAGCCCAGUGUCCGAUGCAUUAUGGUGUAUACCUUGCCUACCGUCUGCUCAUCACCCUCUAUAUGUUUGGAUAUUUCCUGUAUGUCUUCAUCGUGUCCGUUCGACCUGGUGGCAUCUACGGAGGAUACUUCUUCAUUUACCUGACUAACUGGGGAUAUAUUCUCAUGCUUGUCUAUCUGUUUUGUGCUUUAUGGAACAUCAUCGUAUAUGCCGCCAUCAUGAAACCAGCAGGGUGGACAACCGGCGAUGACAUCCCUUGGUAUUUCUUUCACCGUGGCCAGUGGUUUUUAUUCAACACUUACGCCUCAGUCGCCAUUCUGCUCUCACUGCUUUACUGGGGCGCCCUCUACACUCCUGGAACGGUCGAUAUUUAUUACGAUAUCAACUUCCAUUUCCUCAACGGGUUCAUCGCCCUGUUCGAGAUCUUCUUCUCAGCGAUGGUCAUCCACAUUCUCCACUUCGUAUACCCUUUCAUGUUUGCCGUCGCUUACAUUGUCUUUGUGGCGAUAUACCAUGGGGCAAUGGGUACGGACGAGGAGGGAAACCCCUACAUCUAUCCCAUCCUCGACUUCGGGCAGGCCCCAGCUCUCUCGGCAGGACUCUGUGUCGGGGCCAUUGUUGGCGUCGUCCUUGUUCAUAUAUUGAUCGUUUGGGGUUUCCAUAAGCUGAAAAUCUUGAUAUUUGAUUCUUGCUGCCCAUCAUGUUUCCCUGAUGAAGAUACUAGGGAGGAUGGAAACGAAGCCCAUGAACUGAAAGCUGAUGCCGCUGUUUAAACGGAUAAACCAGGCAAACACCUCCUGUCAUGCUAUACAAGAUAUCGCUAUUUUUGGAUGGUCCUAGCAAUUCCCUUAAGUUUGGGCAUAACACGUGUUCGUCAAAAAGGGUGAAUUUUAAGUCGUUCCACUAGCUUUGUUUUAAAUUUCUGGAGGCAUGUGAAUGUGCAGCAUGCCCAUAUCAAAACCAAAAUUGCACUCUAAAAAUAUUGGGUAAAAGUGCUCCAUGCAUGAGGGUAGUUAUGUGUCCAACCAACAUGGAGCAUUUCUUUUGGGCAUUUUCAUUUUUCAUGAUGGAAA